CCAGCGCUGACUACAACGUCGCGACGCUGUCGACGUCCCUUUAUUUGACGUCGAGUCGUCGCUGCGGCUGGCUGUGUUAAAAUAUACAUACUAGACAAGUAGACUGCGCUGCCUGCUGCAUUCUUGGAACAAAAAUUUCACCGUUGGCAGCGACUGAGGAAUAAAAUUGAACGUCGACGUCGCGACGUUUCUUCCUCGAAGAAGACCAAAUCAAAAUAAAAACAAAUAAACUAUAAAGGGUGCGUGCGCGCCAAUUAUUUAACAACAAUUAGCAAACGAAAGAAACAAAUGCACACGCUUAGUGCAGCCAUCGAGAUGGACAAACUGGAUGCCAACCUGGAGCAGCAGUUUGAUCUCAAUCUAAUUGAGGCGGUCAAAAUGAAUCCCGUCAUCUACGAUCGCUCACAUUACAACUACAAGCACUUUGUGCGCAAGGCGCAGACCUGGAAGCAAAUUGCCGAAACUCUCGGCGUAAGUGAACAAAAAUGUACAAAGCGAUGGAAGAGUUUGCGAGAUAAAUUUGCGCGCGAAAUGAAAUUGUGCCAAGAAUCGCGCUGGCGUUACUUUAAACAGAUGCAGUUCCUGGUCGACUCGAUCCGGCAAUAUCGCGAAUCGCUGCUCGGCAAGUGCGCCAAUGGCAGUCAGAAUGCCAGCCAAGUGGCCGAUCCCACGCAACAACAACAGGCCCAACAACAGACCGUCGUCGACAUCUUUGCGCAACCUUUCAAUGGAAGUGCCACAACAUCUGCCCAGGCGCUAACACAUCCGCAUGAAAUAACCGUUACUGGGGAUGCACAGCUGGCCACAGCGGUAGGCAAGGACCAGAAGCCAUAUUUCUAUGAGCCACCAUUGAAGCGCGAACGAAGCGAGGAGGAGCACAGUGAUAACAUGCUGAACACUAUCAAGAUAUUCCAGAAUAAUGUGUCGCAGGCGGUCAGCGCCGAGGAUCAAUCGUUUGGCAUGGUUGUCACCGAUAUGCUCAACACGCUGGGCGUGCGGCAAAAGGCCGAGGCAAAGGUGCACAUCAUCAAGUAUCUGACGGAUAUGCAACUGUUGGCGCAACAUAACAAAUACUAACUGCUGCAACAGCUGCAAUUGGACAAUGUCCUCGAGGCACGAUGCUUGCUCUAAAUCAGCUACACACAACAACAACAAUACAGAAAGAAAAUGCAAAAAAUCAAUGAACACAUGAAGAUCGAUCCCAAGAACAGGAAGCGCCGCCUGUUGCCCCCGAAA